AAUGUCAUGAUUAUCCUUUUUACGAGAGUUUCGCUCAAAUGGAUACGCCGCUUAAAGUGCGCUCUGCUUUAUCUUCGAAACGAGGUGUGGUUAAUUGAUACGGAUGAAUAUUACAUUUAUAUUAUAGUGAAAAUAUAUUUCUUUUUGAUAAAAGACCGGUCGAAACAAAAAGGGCACGAUGCUUGGUCGUCUUCCUGCUUGUGUAAUUGACGUGGGUACGGGAUAUACAAAGCUAGGUUUCGCGGGUAAUAAGGAACCACAGCUUAUAAUUCCAUCUGCAAUUGCAAUUAAAGAAACUGCUAAGGUUGGAGAUAAUAAUGCUAGAAGGAUUACUAAAGGAGUCGAAGAUUUGGACGCAUACAUCGGAGAUGAAGCUUUCGAAGCUACGGGUUAUUCCGUAAAAUAUCCAGUUCGACACGGAUUAGUGGAAGACUGGGAUUUAAUGGAGAAAUUCCUGCAACAAUGUAUUUUCAAAUAUCUGAGGGCAGAACCUGAAGAUCAUUACUUUUUACUCACGGAACCGCCAUUAAAUACCCCUGAGAAUCGUGAAUACACUGCUGAGAUAAUGUUUGAAUCAUUUAACGUGCCGGGUCUUUAUAUUGCUGUUCAGGCGGUAUUAGCAUUAGCCGCCUCUUGGACAGCUAAAACAAUAGAGGAUAGAACAUUAACAGGUGUUGUUGUUGACAGUGGAGAUGGAGUGACUCAUGUAAUACCAGUGGCAGAAGGUUUUGUUAUAGGAAGUUGUAUAAAACAUAUUCCUAUUGCCGGCCGCGAUAUCACAUAUUUCAUUCAAAGUUUAUUACGAGAACGUGAAAUUGGAAUACCACCUGAACAAUCAUUAGAGACAGCUAAAGCAAUAAAAGAAAAAUAUUGUUACAUAUGUCCUGACAUUUCGAAAGAAUUUGCUAAAUAUGACAGUGAUCCAACUAAAAUCAAGAAAUACGAAGGUGUCAAUAGCAUUACAAAACAACCAUUCAUGGUAGAUGUUGGAUAUGAAAGGUUUCUUGGGCCAGAGAUAUUCUUUCAUCCUGAAUUCUCUAAUCCAGAUUUCACGACACCAUUAAGUGAAAUAGUAGACGAUGUAAUUCAAAAUUGUCCAAUAGAUGUUAGAAGGCCGUUAUAUAGCAACAUUGUAUUAUCAGGUGGUUCUACAAUGUUCAAGGAUUUUGGUAGACGAUUGCAACGUGACAUAAAACGAAUUGUCGACGCACGUCUCAAACUUAGCGAAACAUUAAGUGGUAGUCUUAUUACGCCAAAACCUAUAGAUGUUCAUGUUAUAUCGCAUCACAAACAACGUUGGGCAGUAUGGUAUGGGGGUGCUUUAUUAGCUAGCGAUCCAGAAUUUUAUACAGUUUGUCAUACCAAAAAGGCUUAUCAGGAAUAUGGUCCCGGCAUUUGUCGUUAUAAUCCCGUAUUCCAUAGUAUGGUAUAAAAUUAAUAAGGAUACAAGUGGUAUUAAAAAAAUUACAUUAUUACGGACCAAUGGUCUCUUGAUACUAAAUGCUCUAUUAAUAAUUUGUUCAAUCUCUAAUUUGUCUUUUAUCUCAAGUGAUGAUGUAUUUGAUUAAAUGGAAUGGGUGUUUUUAUUACAUACUGCUAAUUGAAAUAAUUACAAAGGAACGCCCAGUAUUACACUAGUAAACGCACACGAAAAGAUUUUUAUGCUCAUCGAUUAUUAUGAUACAUGUAAUAAAGAUACAGGGAAAAUUACUCAAAAGAGUAAAGAUUCUCUGCAUGAGAAACAAUGUUCAAGAAUAGUUGAUACAAAAUGAUAACACAAGAUGAUUGUAUAGAUCUGUACAUAAUAUAAGACAAUUUGAAAAUAAUAAUUCUUUUCUAAUGAAUCA